GGGGGCGGGCGCUGCGCGUGCCGGGCGGGGAAUCGGCGCGAGCCGGGCGCUGCGAACGUUCGCCGCGGGGGCGGCUCCGGGGCCUGGGGCGCCGCCGCUGCCUCAGCCCAGGGGGCCGGGCCGGAGCGUGCGGAGGAGUGAGGCCGCAGGAGACCUUCCCGACUACCCCUGCUCCGGCGGGGAAGUGAGCAAGGAUGAUUGAGGAAAGUGGGAACAAGCGGAAGACCAUGGCAGAGAAGAGGCAGCUGUUCAUAGAAAUGCGUGCUCAGAAUUUUGAUGUCAUACGACUGUCAACUUACAGAACAGCCUGCAAAUUACGAUUUGUACAAAAACGAUGCAACCUUCAUCUUGUUGAUAUCUGGAACAUGAUUGAAGCCUUCCGAGACAAUGGCCUUAAUACACUGGACCAUACCACCGAGAUCAGUGUGUCCCGCCUCGAAACUGUCAUCUCCUCCAUCUACUAUCAGUUGAACAAGCGCCUUCCUUCUACUCACCAAAUUAGUGUGGAACAAUCUAUCAGCCUCCUCCUCAACUUUAUGAUUGCUGCAUAUGACAGUGAGGGCCGAGGCAAGUUGACGGUAUUUUCAGUUAAAGCUAUGUUAGCAACCAUGUGUGGUGGAAAAAUGCUGGACAAAUUGAGAUAUGUUUUCUCCCAGAUGUCAGAUUCCAAUGGCUUAAUGAUAUUUAGCAAGUUUGACCAGUUUCUGAAGGAAGUUCUGAAGCUCCCAACAGCUGUCUUUGAAGGGCCAUCUUUUGGUUACACAGAGCACUCAGUCCGCACCUGUUUUCCACAGCAGAGAAAGAUAAUGCUAAAUAUGUUUUUAGACAUGAUGAUGGCUGACCCUCCUCCCCAGUGCCUUGUCUGGCUACCUCUCAUGCACAGGCUUGCCCAUGUUGAGAAUGUCUUCCAUCCCGUGGAGUGCUCCUACUGCCGAUGUGAGAGUAUGAUGGGUUUCCGGUACCGAUGCCAGCAGUGCCACAACUAUCAGCUCUGCCAGAAUUGCUUUUGGCGUGGCCAUGCCGGUGGCCCUCACAGCAACCAGCACCAGAUGAAGGAGCAUUCCUCUUGGAAAUCUCCUGCAAAGAAGCUGAGCCAUGCAAUUAGUAAAUCUUUGGGGUGUGUACCCACGAGAGAACCCCCGCAUCCUGUUUUUCCUGAGCAACCAGAGAAACCACUUGACCUUGCACAUAUAGUUCCUCCUCGCCCUCUGACUAAUAUGAAUGACACCGUGGUUAGCCACAUGUCCUCUGGAGUGCCCACUCCCACCAAGAGGUUACAGUAUAGCCAGGAUAUACCCAGUCACUUGGCCGAUGAGCAUGCGCUGAUAGCCUCCUAUGUGGCCCGUCUGCAGCACUGUGCACGUGUUCUGGACAGUCCUAGCCGACUGGAUGAGGAACACCGUCUUAUAGCUCGCUAUGCUGCCCGGCUGGCUGCAGAAGCAGGAAACGUGACUCGUCCUCCCACUGACUUGAGCUUUAACUUUGAUGCCAACAAACAACAAAGACAGCUUAUUGCAGAACUGGAAAACAAAAACAGAGAGAUCCUGCAGGAGAUUCAGCGUCUCCGCCUGGAACAUGAGCAGGCCUCCCAGCCCACCCCUGAGAAGGCACAGCAGAACCCCACACUGCUGGCAGAGCUGCGGCUGCUGAGGCAAAGGAAGGAUGAACUGGAGCAGAGGAUGUCGGCCCUGCAGGAGAGCAGGCGGGAGCUGAUGGUCCAACUAGAAGAGCUGAUGAAGUUGCUGAAGGAGGAAGAGCAAAAGCAGGCAUAGGUACAUUUACAUGGGCAAAGCCGAACAGGAUGGAAAUCAAGCCCAGCCAUUACAUGCUUCUUCCAGGAAGAGACACGCAUCACUUCCUCUCCAUUUCAUUGGCCAGAGCAAGUCACAUGACCCCAUUUCACCUCAAGGGGGCUGGGAAGUCUAAUCCUCCAGUUUGUCCGGAAGUCCCAGAGAAGCAGAUGUUGGAAAUACCUCCCCCAAGUAGACAAAUGAGUGAGACUGUUGGAGGGAGAGGAAGGAGACUACUUAUCCUUCCAGCUCCUGAUGGUCUCAUCCCCUUGUUAUGAAGUAUUCCCUUCCUGAUGAUCCAGGGUGUCACUUCACCUGUUGUUGCUGACCACUAGCGUCCCCUCCUUCUCUUCAGCCCUCCAUACCCCAGAGAUGCACUUUGCAGUUGUAGCUACUUGCUGGAAACCUACUUCCAACAGUCUGCCCAGACUAGCACAGCAUCUUCUGAUCUCUUUCUGCGUGUGCCUGCUCCAAGUGAGCACAGACUGGAAACGCCCUACACCUCACCUGAAAACUCUUUCAGAAGAGGGCAGGCAUUGUGGAUAUUGGUCUUAGUGGUAGCAGUAGAGCUUCCAGUAGACAUUUAAUUUUUAAAAUUUUUAUGGAUUACCAUGUAAUCCAAGAAACAGGAAUUGCCACUGCUGUGAUAUUAGUUCUCAGGUCAAUUUAAAGCUAGCCUUGAGCAGACAGGGGAUUAAAUAACGUGUCCGUUUCAGUGACCUUUCAUUCUGUGUGAGAUCACCAUCCCCUUGAAGUUGGCAAAAUGAGAACCUAGACUGCUGAAGCCUGCCUCUAAUGAGCCACUGUAGGUGUAUCUUGGGAGUUCUCCAUGGCCAGGGGCCUGAGCUCAUGUCCAAGUCCUUACAGUCUCAUAGGACUGUCCAUAGCGUGAAUUGGUACAAUUUGUUUUUUCCUCAGCUUUCCCCACCAUGGUAUGAGGUAAGAAGUGCUGCUCUGUUGACUUAGAUAGAAAUAUCCUUCUGUCCACUUCACAGGUUUAAACUAGACCCAUCUAAGUUCAGCUCUGAGGCUCAAAUUUGGACUGAAUGACUUUAUGUAAUUCAAUGUUUUUCAGAUGUACAACUGAAGAGACUAUAAAGCUUUAGAACUAGCUUCUGUUUAAUCCCCACCAUUAUUGAGUGACAGGCAAAAACGUAGGAGUAUUUAACACAGAACUAUGAAGUAACCCUAACCCACCCACCCUUCCUUCCUUCCUUCCUUCUUUUCUUCCUUCCUUCCUUCCUUCUUUCCUUCCAGGUUCUGGCUGGUGUAGUUUAAUUUCUUUCCUAUCAGAAUGUCUUACCCUAAAUGGGUAAGAAAAUAAUUGUAUGACUUGUUAGCUUGCAAGAAGGGAAAAUUUUUUUCUUUUUUCUGAGACAGAGUCUUGCUCUGUCACCCAGGCUGGAGUACAGUGGUGCGACCUUGGCUCACUGCAACCUCCGCCUCCUGGGUUCAGGUGAUUCUCUUGCCUUAGCCUCCCAAGUAGCUGGUAUUACAGGCGCCCACCACCACACCGGGCUAAUUUUUGUAUUUUUAGUAGAGAUGGGGUUUUGCCAUGUUGUCCAAACUGGUCUUGAACUCCUGACCUCAGGUGAUCCGCUCGCCUUGGCCUCCCAAAGUGCUGGGAUUACAGACGUGAGCCAUCACGCCCGGCCAAAAUUUUAAAAAGAAAAGAAUUGUAAAAGACUUUUAAAAUGAAGAGUUUAUUAGAUGUGCUUCCCAAAACGGGCUCUGUAAAUCCAUUAUAGAGAACUUUUGAUAGCGUCCACCUUCUUGCUUCAUUCCCCUUUAGGGAUUUACUACUUACUACGACCAGGAUCGCUUUCUACCCAGAUAACACUCUGACACCAAAUGUGUAGGUUUCUUACGCCAAAAAAUUCAGUUCUCUGCAGACACCAGCUGGGUGUCCUACGAUUUAAUUCAAUUCUGACACUACCUGGAGUUAGGGCAGAGCCCACAGGUUAAGGGCUCUGUCCCACAGGAGUGCCUCACACUUCAGACACCAAUCACAAGUAGUGGUUCUCCAGAUUACCCACACUUCUGUCCAACUUGGCUACAAAUCAGGGCUCCCACAGCCCCUUCCUCAGGUUCAAUAAUUUGCUGUAAUGGUUCAUGAAACUCUGAGAAGCACUUUACUCACUAUUACUAGUGAUUUUAAAGGUUAUUAUAAGGGCACAGGUGACCAUCUAAGGUGACGAUCUACACAGGGCAAGUUCCAGAAGGGUCCAGGAGCUUCAGUCCCCAUGGAGUUGGGGUAUAUACCACCUCCUGGCAUACAGACAUGCUCACCAACCGGAAGCUCUCUGAACCCCUCUGUUAGGGUUUUUAUGGAGGUUCCAUUAUGUAUGCAUGAUUGAUUCAUUCAUUGGCCAUUGGUGAUUAACUCAAUCUUCAGCCCCUCUCCCCGCCCCAAGGCCUGGUGGAAGGGGCUGAAAGUUUCAACCCUCUAAUAAUGCCAUGGUCUUUCUGGCAACCAGUCCCCAUCCUGAAGCUAUCUAAGAUUCCCGAAGCCCGGUCAUCUCAUUAGCAUGCAAAAUACACGCAUAUCACUCUGGACAUUCCACGGGUUUUAGAAGCUCUGGUCUAGCCUGGCCAACAUAGUGAAACCCCAUCUCUAUUAAAAAUACAAAAAUUAGCCGGGCAUGGUAGCAUGCACCCAUAGUCCCAGCUACUCGGGAGGCUGAGGCAGGAGAAUCGCUUGAACCUGGGAGGCGGAUGUUGCAGUGAGCCAAGAUCACACCACUGCACUCCAGUCUGAGUAAUGGAGCGAGACUCUGUCUCAAAAAAAAAAAAAAAGAAGCUCUUAUGCCAGGAACCUGGGAUGGAGACCAAAUAUGUAUUGGUUAUAUCAUAGUAUCACAGGGUUACUUUGGCAUUUGGGAAACGAGAGAAAUGGACAAUAACUGUUACUUUAAAAGCUUGGGUGCCGUGAUUCUGCCUUCAGCUUCAGCCACUUUUGUGGUGCUUUGAGUGGCGUCAGUACCUCCACUGACAUUCUUCUGUCUUUCCUCUCUCUCUUCCCCCCUCUUUCCCUUCUCUUUUCUCAGAUCUAAGGGUUAUAAUGAGGGGCAAACUGCCUGGCUAUUUCAGAUAAGACUUCACUGAGUGACUGUUCAGCCCAUGAUUUACCCUGCAGUUUAACAGGCUCAGGAAUUAGGUCGCGUCAGUUGAGUGCGGGUCAGUUAGGCCUAUCAUCAUCGUCAGAUGGCGAUUAAAGGACCAUGUCUGCCUUUUUCACUAUUAUAUCCCCCGCCUCUAGCCCAGCCUGCCAUACAGUAGAUACUCAAUAAAUAUUUGUUGAAUGAUAACCAAUAUUAACCAAUUUUAUAAGAUUUUGACUUAUACUCUGUAUGAAUUAAUAAUUGUAUUAAUUAUAAGGGACAUAACUAGUUCACGUACCUAUAGCAGUGAUUUUGCUCAAGGCACUCCCAGAUAGAUCCAUUCAGGAGACUAAAUUAUAGCUCAGAAAUAUCCUUUAUCAAAAGGAAUCUGGGCCGGUCAUGGUGGCUCAUGCCUGUAAUCCCAGCACUUUGGGAGGCCCAGGCAGGUGAAUCACAAGGUCAGGAGAUCAAGACCAUCCUGGCUAACACUGUGAAACCCUGUCUCUACUAAAAAUAGAAAAAAUUAGCUGGGCGUGGUGACGCGCCUGCAUUCCCAGCUACUCGGGAGGCUGAGGCAGGAGAAUGGCAUGAACCCAGGAGGCGGAGCUUACAGUGAGCCGAGAUCGCGCCACUGCACUCUACACUCCAGCCGACAGAGCGAGACUCCGUCUCAGAAAAAAAAAACUACCAUCAGAGUGAACAGGCAACCUACAGAAUGGGAGAAAAUUUUUGCAAUCUACUCAUCUUACAAAGGGCUACUAAUAUCCAGAAUCUACAAAGAUCUCAAACAAAUUUACAAGAAAAAAACAACCCCAUCAAAAAGUGGGCGAAGGAUCUGAACAGACACUUCUCUAAAGAAGACAUUUAUGCAGCCAACAGACACAUGAAAGAAUGCGCAUCAUCACUGGCCAUCAGACAAAUGCAAAUCAAAACCACAAUGAGAUACCAUCUCACACCAGUUAGAAUGGCGAUCAUUAAAAAGUCAGGAAACAACAGGUGCUGGAGAGGAACACUUCUACACUGUUGGUGGGACUGUAAACUGGUUCAACCAUUGUGGAAGACAGUGUGGCGAUUCCUCAAGGAUCUAGAACUAGAAAUACCAUUUGACCCAGCCAUCCCAUUACUGGGUAUAUACCCAAAGGAUUAUAAAUCAUGCUGCUAUAAAGACACAUGCACACGUAUGUUUAUUGCAGCACUAUUCACAAUAGCAAAGACUUGGAACCAACCCAAAUGUCCAACAAUGAUAGACUGGAUUAAGAAAAUGUGGUACAUAUACACCAUGGAAUACUAUGCAGCCAUAAAAAAGGAUGAGUUUGUGUCCUUUGUAGGGACAUGGAUGAAGCUGGAAACCAUCAUUCUCAGCAAACUAUCACAAGGACAAAAAACCAAACACUGCAUGUUCUCACUCAUAGGUGGGAAUUGAACAAUGAGAACACUUGGACACAAGAAGGGGAACAUCACACACUGGGGCCUGUCGUGGGGGGAGAGGGGAGGGAUAGCAUUAGGAGAUAUACCUAAUGUAAAUGACGAGUUAAUGGGUGCAGCACACCAGCAUGGCACAUGUAUACAUAUGUAACAAACCUGCACGUUGUGCACAUGUACCCUAGAACUUAAAGUAUAUAAAAAAAAGGAGUCUGAUUUCCCAAGAAAGCAAAUAAUGAAAAUAAUUUUUUAAAAAAGGAAUCUGAAAAAAUUUUGUUACCAAAAAAAUACAAACACCAAGCUGAUUAGUAUUAUUAUUAAUUAUUAAUAUUGUUAUUUCUGUCUAAAGAAAAUACACUGACACAUAGCAUAAAAAUCACCUUAUCUUUUAAAGAUAAUAAUCUAUAAAAUGCAGGGUAUCUAUAGUUAUUUGCAUCAUUUGAAAAUAUUUUAAAUAUUGCUCAGUAAAAACGCAGCACUUGCAGUCAGAAAUAUUGUUGUAGGAUUCAUCAGCAUGUUACAGAGGGACACUAGGGUCACCACAGACUGAUUAGGUCCCUACUGGCAAUGGUGUUUAUGACCAUUGGCACACUUGAGCUAUGGGCCACUCUGGUCUCGAUCAAACAAUAUCCCAAUCCUAGUCUGGAAAGAGUUCAGAUGUACAAGUUCAUUCUAGGAACAUUUUAGGGUUCCAUUUUUCCCAGUGACUCAGUGCACCGUAAAAUUUCACUGCUGGAUCUCUAAUACCACAUUCACUGAGCUAUCCAAGGAAAGGGGUUCUGUUUAUUCAUGAAGGAUAUGUUUCCUCCAACAUUUAUCUGAUCUCUCCUAUUAGAAGUUAAUUAUCUAAUAAUGAUCAUCCAGCUUAAAGACUUAAAAAAACUUUAUAUACGUUUCAUAGAACAUUUUAUAUAAUGAUCAUCAGGCUUAAAGACUGUAACUUUAGACAGUAAAAGUUAUGUAAGGAUAGGAAGCUCCUUCAGGGUGGCCUUGGCCCAGCUUAGGUAAUGGGGCAGUGGUCCAAAGGAUAAUAUACCUGGCACUCUGAAAAUAAUGUAAUUAGUGGAAUCUUGGGGAAUUAGCUAAGAGAACUUUGCCAGACUUGGGACCUUUCCUUUUACUUCAGUGAGUUUGGCUGUCACGUGGGAUCUUGCCAUCAUGCCCUAUCUGAUUUCCAAGACCCAGACAAAUAUCCACCUACAGCUAUACCAAAGAGAGCAUGGUUUGGCCUGGCUCCAGGAAGCCCCCAUUUCUGAUAACAGCUAUACCAAAUAUACCUCAAAGGAAGGGCACUUAAUGUUUAGUUAGCAAUGGUCGACCCACAAGGGCUCACAUAAACCUCAUGAAUACUAACUUUGUAAGUUUAAGAGAAAGUACUUUCAAAAAAACAAACCUACGCAACAAGAAAAAGAAACCUCUUUGGCCAUUAAAAAGAUGGUUAGUGAACCCCUUGAUGUUAGCAUGCCUCAUGGGUCAUGUUCCCUUCUUAGACUUUGGAUAUAGUCUCACUGGGAAGCGAUUCAGAUUCACAUGCUUCUGCAAUCUUCUGGGCUCCCUGGCUCUUAAUCCUCCGAAAUAGAAGCCUGAGUCUACUUCCCAAAAGGCAAACGAUUGCCAUUCAUUUAUUUAUUUAGCAGUGUUUUACUAUAUAUGUUCAAGACAGUGAGCCUGGCCUUUUGGAGGAUAAAAAGAGAAAUCGUACACAAAUACCACCAUCAAAUAGUCUGAAAGUUAUUUCAUGGUUGACAUGAUACCUUAAAUGCAGAAACACAAGCUGGGUCAGUGGUAUCCUGGGCCUCAGGCACCACUGCAGCCCUCCUAAGUUGGCAAACUAUACAGAUGUCUGUUGGUAAAUGAGGAUCGCUGUGCUAUACGUAGGACUCUCUCACAAACCUUUAUCCUGGGUCGCAGUCCCAGGAUAUGUGCAUAGACUGUCUGCUACUGCUAGCUCCCUCCCACGCAUGGCCUCGCAAGAGUCAGCAGGGUGUAUUCAUCCAUUGGUCUUGUCACCUGUACUCACCGUAGGGAGCUGGCAGUUUGUUGUUAUUUUUUUUCCAAAAAGAGGAAAUAUCACUACAAUACUAAAAAUAGGUUUGGUUUUUCUUUUUCUUUUUUUUUUUUUGGAAAUGGAGUUUCACUCUUCUUGCCUAGUCUGGAGUACAAUGGCAUGAUCUCAGCUCACUGCAACCUCUGCCUCCUGGGUUCAAGUGAUUCUCCUGCCUCAGCCUACCAAGUAGCUGGGAUUACUGGCGCAUGCCACCAUGCCCGGCUAAUCUUUGUAUUUAUAGUAGAGAUGGGGUUUCGCCAUGUUGGCCAGGCUAGUCUCAAACUCCUGACCUCAGGUGAUCUGCCUGCCUCGACCUCCCAAAGUGCUGGGAUUACAGCCAUGAGCCACCACGUCCAGCUAUGGCUUUUCUUUAUGAUUAAGUAUAAGUCUAUUUGAGCCGAAAGCUUGAGGAUGGCCCCCCAGGAGCAAAGAUUCAAAUUGCCCUGAAUAUACAUUCUGAUUAGCAGCAGUUACAGUGGGUUUAAAAAAAAAAUGAAAAGGCAGUUCCUAAGUUGUUUACCAAGAACUUACAUUAAAGUAACAUAAGCAGGGCACGUGUUCUCAGGAUCUCCUGAGGGUUGCAUCACAGGCCAGAUAAGUUUUUAAAAAAUAAUAACAUAAGCUAUUGAUUAUCUUUACAUUGUUCUUUUUAUGGCACAUUCCAGGAUCAUGAAACUAAUGAGUGAAGCAGCUAGUCAGUAACAAAAUGCCUUUAAACCAUUGCCCCCCCGUCAUGGCAGGGUGGCGUGACUGAAGCCCUAUACCUGUGUCUCUCGGGACCUGAUAAAGUUUGAAUACCUCAUAUAAUUCAGACUUCCCCGAGUUAUUUUUGUUGUCAUUUCCCCUCUUUUCAUCAAGAUGUUUCUAGGAAAGCAUCAUAGAUGAACAAAAAUGGUUUUGGUUUCUUUUAUGUUCAGGAACUUAGUCUUGCAUAACCAGAAGGUUCAUUUCCAGAUGGUCCUGUCUUGCGUGAUCGGGAUGGGGGAUGGGUGUUUGUAUUUCACUCCCCCAAAACUCCCUGAGCACCUAACAAGGGUCCGAGGAUACAAGGGAAAGGUAGCUUUGGGGUGUAUGCCACAUCCCCCAAUAUUUUUCAUCACUCAUCAAUGUCAGGCUGAGAGAUUUCCUUACCUACUUCCUAAACUUCCCUCCUGUGCUAUAUUUCUGUCUUUUCCUCUCCUGACCAGAAUGCACACAGCAUAUGAAAACUAUCCUUCAGGGCCUCCAAAAAAAUUAUCUCCUCAGCCAACUGGAGAAAUUCUUCCACUGGAAGAAUAUUGAAUUCCUAGGACACACUGCCUCCCCCAGAAUACUACAGACUGAAUCUCAGCAAAGCAUUAACAGAAAAGGAUGAAGAAAAAAUGAUUUGUAGGCUUGGAGCCUAAGAAUCUAGGAAAAUGAUGGGUGUCAUUUACUGAACAAGUGAAAAUAGAGACAUGAUCUGGGUUAGGAGGGGACUUUGAUCUGAUUUUGGACAUGCUAUUACGUCCCAUAGCCAGGCAGUCAAGCAAAAAGAUCUGCUAGAUAUUUGGAUAUGCGCAACUGAAAUUUCAAUGGGAAAACAGGGCUAGCAAUGUAGACUUGGAACUCUUAAACACAAAAUGAGGAUUGAAACCAUAAACGUGAGCCUUAGGGAAAACCCAUAGUAGACAAAAAGAAGAAAAAGGAGGCAGGAGAAGGACCGUCGGUUCUCUUGGAAGCCCAGAUAGUUGCAAGAAGGAGGAAGUUAGUAAGACAGUAAGACAAGGAAGCCCGUGAAUUUGACAAUAAGGAAGUUAUCAGCAACUUGGGAAAGAAAAUGUUCAAUACAGUAGUAAAGUCCACCCAACUCUGAAAAGUGGGCUUUGUCCUGUCCAACCCCCUCAGCACCACCUCCUGUCAAAUAAUGUCACUCUACUGAACAAAGAUGCAAAUCUUAAAUCUGUGAAUUACACGUGAAUGGACUGCCCUUCUCACUAAUUGAGUCUUGCCGGCUAAAUCCCAUUUCUUUUUCAUCUAAACAAGCAUGUAACCUUUACAAACCUCAUUUUCCUCAUCAGUAAACUUCCAGCUCCACAAUUCUUGGAUCCUUUCAUCAUUGUACCAGUUGGUACUCUGGAGAAAGGCUGUAAACCUAGAAGGGUCUAUAGAGAUCUAUUUGGGUCCUCGCCUAUAGAGGAAUGAGUGAAUGAAUGAAUGAAUGAAUUCCAGCUGGGUUUAUUUCACUGAUUUCUCCCUUCCUGACUUGGAAAUCCUGUGGCCCUUACUUCAGUGUCUAGGUUUUCUUUCAAUAACUUCUUCCCCAGGGUUUAUUCAUGCCAGCCUCCCACCUGCCACUUUUCCAGACACAAGAAAAUAUCCUAAGAAAACAUCAGCUGCAUCCCUGAUGCCCUUCUGUGGCUCACCUGCGUGAUUCUUGGCCAUGUCCCCAGCAGGACAGGUUUCCCUGGCAUUCUUCCUCUCUGUUGUGCCUCACCCCGGCAUCUUCUCUCAGCAUGGGAUUGUCUCCAUAACUUCACUCUGAGAGCAUCUGGAGGCGUUUCGUCAAAUCAUGAAGCUGUACCAAUCUCUAGGGUAACAGGUUUUAUAACUGACCCUCAGGUUGGUUCUGAUAUUCCAUAGUAACGAUAAUGCUAAGAUUUGGAGCGUCCUUCAUGGAAAAGAACAUCUGCUUAGUUUCAGCUAAAAGAUGCGUGUUAUAACAAGUUCUAUAGACUCUUACACUCUUCUCCAUUUACUCCUAAUCAUAGUUUGGCAGUAUGCAUUUGGAGCUGCAAUAUAGAUGCCCUGAUGUUUAAAAAAAGAAAAGUAGAAGGCUAUUUUAUAAAAUUACAGGCAAUGCAGUUAACUGCAGCUAAAGUGGUGCUUUUUUUUUUUUUUUUUUUUUUUUUUUUUUUUUUUUUUUUUUUUUUUUUG